AGAUGGCCUCCCUGCCUCCGUCGGUCGGUCGCCCCGCAGUCUCGCCCAUCCUUGCUUCUUAUGUCCUCGUCUCCAGCUCGCAUCGCUGCUGGGUUCGUUGCGGACGGCCAACUCUCGGAGAUCCUAUUGCCUGCGAUUUUGAGCCCAGAGGUUGUCUAUAACGAUAGAUCGGGCAGGACGAAGCUGUAUCGCGCCUUAGGGUUUUGUUUUGAGAGCCAGGAAGUGGAUCUAUCGGAGAGGAGGAGGAUCGCCUGAGGCUUUGGUGGUGUACCUUGGGUGUUUGGUGUGGUUAAUUUGAAGGAGGGAAAGGGGCGAAAGGAGUGGUCAAGGUGUUCGGUUUUGGUGGAGGAGUUAGCGGCUUGGUGCCUUUGGAAGUGUACUGUGGUGGGGAAGGAGUCAUGGAUUGGAGUAAUGUGACCAUAGAUGAGCUUGUUGAUGCUUUGAAGGAGGUGGAAUGGUCACAACCGCCUCGCCCGCUGGCAGAGUUCUUUGCCAAAUUUACUGUUCCCAAAACGCAGUCGAAAUGGGAUGGACGCGUCAAGUGCAAUAUGUACUACUACCGCUCAAAUUACUUUGUUCUCUUUUCUCUUGUUCUUGUGAUUGCAUUCAUACGGAAUCCAUUUGCAUUGGUCGCUGUGUUUCUCACAGCCCUCGAUAUAGCUUGUCUCAACGACAGUUUUGCCGUGUCAUUAAGUGAAAAAUUGACGAGGACUGUUCGAAGAUUUUCUCCUCCACUUGCUCACAAGUUGCGUGCUCCAGUAUCGACGGGAACACGGGGACGGCCCUUGAAAGGCACAGUCUACAUUUGUGGUCGCGAUCGCCGAAUCUUUGUUGGUGCCCUGGGAUUAGUUACUGCGCUCUUGUGGUGGUAUUCUUCUGCAGUUAUUACUAUUCUUGGUGCUCUAAUUAUUGGAAUAACAUGUAAGGGCUUCAUAUACUUACAGCUGCCGUUUUUACAUGCAAGUUUCCGCACUCCGAAUUUGAAAGCUCGGCUCAACUCUUUUCGGGAAGAGUUCCGUGCUGUCUGGAGAGGCUACAGUGAUGCCUAAGACGGCUAGUCUUUUUUGAGGAGAUGAUCGACGAUUUAAGGCGGCCAACUACUGUGUAUUGGCUUCUUAGUUGUAUAAGAACAGUAGCAACUUGGAAUGAGAGCUCAAAGACUUUGAGCUUCACUGUACUUUGGAUGUCAAAUUUCCUACUUGUUUUAAAAUUCGUAGAACACGACCAAUCUCUUUUCAAGCUGGUGUAAUUUUUUA